CUCACUUCCUCACUGCGGCCACCGAAGCUGCAGGCCGGGUCAAGGGACCAUAACGUCCCGUCCGCCAGGGUGGGUCCCUCGCGGGCCUCAGAGUCUGGGGUGGUGAAACCUCACCAGCGAGGCCGCAGGGGGCUCAGGAGGAACCUGUGCAGUUGGGGCUGCUGUUCUGAGGUCAGGACGCUGGGAAACCACAGGAAGUGAGUCGGUGCAGAGCUGAUGCGCCUUCGUCCCGGGACAGGAGCUGCAGGCCGGUGAGGCUGGGGCCAUGUCCGCGGAGUGCGGGGAGCCCGGGCCGGAGGGGCCUCAGGGGCCGUCCCCGCGGCCAGGCGGUCUCCCCGGGGCCUCGGGCUUGGGACAGUGCCCCCCUCGGACCACACCCGCCCCCUGGAGCCUGCCCCUCUGGAGAGCUCACGCGGCCGCCGCGGUGCUGUGCUAUGUCAACCUCCUGAACUACAUGCACUGGUUCAUCAUCCCAGGAGUGCUGCUGGACGUACAGAAGUUUUUUGAGAUCAGUGAUAGCUGUGCUGGUUUGCUUCAGACAGUCUUCAUAGGUUGCCUGCUGCUGUCUGCACCUGUGUUUGGCUACCUGGGCGACCGACACAGCCGCAAAGCGACGCUGAGCAUUGGGAUCGUGCUCUGGUCAGGGGCGGGCCUCUCCAGCUCCUUCAUUUCCCCCCAGUAUUCCUGGCUGUUCUUCCUGUCCCGGGGAGUCGUGGGCACCGGCUCCGCCAGCUACUCCACCAUCGCGCCCACCAUUCUGGGCGACCUCUUUGUGAGGGACCAGCGGACCCGGAUGCUGGCCAUCUUCUACAUCUUUAUCCCUGUCGGAAGUGGUCUGGGUUACAUGCUGGGCUCGGCCGUGUUGCAGCUGACCGGGAACUGGCGCUGGGCCCUCCGAGUCAUGCCCUGCCUGGAAGCUGUAGCCUUGGUCCUGCUUAUCGUGCUGGUUCCAGACCCUCCCCGGGGAGCUGCUGAGAAGCAGGAGGAGGUGGCCAUGGGGGGCCCGAGGAGCAGCUGGUGGGAGGACGUCAGAUACCUGGGGAGGAACUGGAGCUUUGUGUGGUCCACCCUUGGGGUGACUGCCAUCGCCUUUGUGACUGGAGCUCUGGGCUUCUGGGCCCCCAAAUUUCUGUUCGAGGCCCGUGUGGUGCAUGGACUGCAGCGUCCUUGCCUCCAGGAGCCGUGCAACAGCCAGGACAGCCUGAUUUUUGGGGCGCUGACUGUCGUGACGGGCAUCAUUGGAGUUGUCCUGGGGGCAGAAGCUUCCAGGAGGUACAAGAAAGUCAACCCUCGGGCCGAGCCCCUCCUCUGCGCCGGCAGCCUUCUGAUCGCAGCCCCCUGCCUCUACCUGGCUCUCACCCUGGCCCCGACCGCGUUCCUGGCCUCCUAUGUAAGUGCUCCUGGCCCUCGGGGAGCUGCUUCUGUCCUGCAACUGGGCGGUGGUUGCCGACAUCCUGCUGUCCGUGGUGGUGCCCAGGUGCCGGGGGACAGCAGAGGCUUUGCAGAUCACAGUGGGCCACAUCCUGGGGGACGCCAGCAGCCCUUACCUUACUGGACUGGUGUCCAGCACCCUGAGGGCCGGGCGCCCAGACUCCUACCUGCAGGCCUUCCUCAGCCUCCAGCAGAGUUUCCUGUGCUGUGCAUUUGUCAUUGCCCUGGGCGGGGGCUGCUUCCUGCUGACGGCGCUGCGCCUGGAGUGGGACCAGGCCCGGGCCCGGGCGCCUGGCACAGGGACCCCGGACAGCGAGGACACGGAGAGGCGAGCCCUGCUUUCUGGCGCGGGCGCCGCCACAGAGGACCCCUGAGGCCCCCGCCCUCCUGCCCGCCUCCCUGCACCCCUCCCGCUGGCCGCUGCAGCAUCAGGGCCCUGUCCCCCUCUGGCUGUGGCUCAGGGCCCCCAGCCGAGCUGCACCUGUCAUUUCUUCCCUCCCAGCCAGAGAGCUGGCAGGGCCUGUGGCGGGAAUUGAGCUGUCAGCGCCUUCGGCGGGAGGCCUGGGCCUGCGCCCGCCCAACCCCGGGUCCUCAGCCCGGUUGGUUGCCUGUGGGCCCCGAUUAAAAGUGGAUUUCAGGCCUUU